AACAAGCCGCAUCCAUCCGUUCCGAGGUUAGACUUACCCAGGCAAAGGCGCCAUCUUGGAAACUUGGGGUUGUUGCUGUUCUUUCCCGCCGAUCUCGCCACAGAAAUGCAUCUAUAUUGUUAAUAGUUCAGUUCCCUGUCCUUAUUUUAAUUUUAUUUUCAGUAGUUCCCUUCUCGCUUUAAUUACUACGAAUAAUAAAUUUAUGAAACCGCUGGUGCAUCAUGUUUUGGAAGUUUGAUCUUCACACAUCAUCCCAUAUAGACACGCUCCUCGAUAAGGAAGAUGUGACUCUUACUGAAUUAAUGGAUGAGGAAGAUAUUUUGCAGGAAUGUAAAGCUCAGAACCGUAAACUGUUGGAUUUUCUGGUCAGGUCGCAGAGUAUGCAUGAUCUUGUUACGUACAUCACCCAGGAGCCACCAGAUGACAUGGAUGAAAAAGUGAAAUACAAAUAUCCCAACAUAUCGUGUGAACUGCUUACUUCAGAUGUAGCACAGUUAAAUGAUCGACUAGCAGAAGAUGAACCUUUGCUUACAAGACUUUACAACUUUUUGGAGAAUGACCCACCACUUAAUCCUUUGCUUGCAAGUUUCUUCAGUAAGGUGUUAAGCAUUCUUAUCAGUAGGAAACCAGACCAGAUUAUUGCAUUUUUACGAAAGAGGGAUGCAUUUGUAAGCUUAAUGCUCAAACACAUAGGGACAUCGGCACUCAUGGACUUGCUGCUCAGAUUAUUGACAUGCAUUGAACCACCACAACUGAGGCAAGAGGUUUUAAAUUGGUUGAAUGAGGAAAACAUUAUUCAGCAUUUGAUAGAAAUGAUACAACCAUCUCAAGAUGAAGAUAGGCACUCUAAUGCAUCACAAUCGUUGUGUGAAAUCAUCCGCCUUAGCAGAGAUCAAAUGAUUCAGAUGCAGAGCCUACCAGAACCAGAUCCUCUUUUGUCCUCAAUAGAGAAGCAAGACACUUUAGAGCACUUGCUCACAAAUGUUCUUGAUAAGGAGAAGACUGAAUCUGCAAUUGUGAAUUGUAUUCAAAUAUUGUUGACUUUAUUAGAGACUCGAAGGCCUGCUUUUGAAGGCCAGCUAGAGAUUUGUCCAACUGGUAUGAAUCAUGCAGCCUUUUCUGUGAGUAAUAACACAUUGCAAGCCAUUAGAAAAAGGCUUAAAGACUUCCAUCAAAUACUACUGGAACCUCCAAAGAAAAGUCCAAUGAAAACAACAUGGGGAAUAUUAAACACGCCUGUGGGGAAUACCCGUCUAAAUGUGGUCAGACUUGUAGCCAGCCUUCUUCAAACAAACACAUACAGUAUUAAUGCAGAACUUGUAGAACUUAACACUAUGGAUGUUUUACUGGACAUGUACUUCAGAUACAUUUGGAAUAAUUUUCUUCAUGUGCAAGUAGAAAUCUGCAUUGCAACAAUCUUAGGAAGCCCUCCACCCCGUGAUACCAGCAUAGAAAACAACAUUGAAGAAAAUCUUGACACUGCUGGAGAAAAUAUAUUGAUUAAACAUCUAUUUCAGAAAUGCCAAUUAAUCCAGAGAAUACUUGAUGCAUGGGAAAAUAAUGAAAAAGAACAAUCAGAAGGUGGAAGACGGAAAGGGUACAUGGGACAUUUAACACGGAUAGCCAAUGCUGUUGUACACAAUGCUGAGAAGGGGCCAAACAGUGCAUUAAUAAAUCAGCUGCUAAAAGAUCUUGAUGAAGACUACAGGGAAAGAUGGGAGACAUUUACCACUGGUUCAUUAGCAGAAACCAAUAAGAAAAAUACUGUAGAUUUGGUAAGCGCGCACAGUAUACAUUCAUCAAGUGAUGAAGAAGUUGAUUUUAAAGAACAAUGUUUUGCUCCAGACUCAGGGUUACAGCAAGCCUUUUCUGAUUAUCAGAUGCAACAAAUGACGUCCAAUUUUAUUGACCAGUUCGGCUUCAACGAUGAGGAAUUUGCUGAUCAGGAAGACAUGGUGAAUGUCCCCUUUGAGCGAAUUGGUGAUAUCAACUUUUCAUUGAAUACAAAUGAUAGUGCUAAUGCACUAUUUGAGGCAUGCUGUAAAGAAAGAAUACAACAAUUUGAUGACAGUGAGUCUGAUGAAGAAGAUAUUUGGGGUGAAAAGGACCUAACCUUUGCACAAGAUGCAAAAAAUCGGCACAGAAGCUCAGGUAGCACAGACAGUGAAGAAAGCACAGAUUCAGAAGAUGAGGAUGGUGAUAAACGGAAUAAUACCUUUGAGCCCAGUGGUUCCAAUCCAGAUGAUAGGAUGGAAAUAGAUGCAAAUGAUGCCCCAGGGUGGACAGCGAAUUUUGAAGUGCCUAUGGAAACUACAAACAUAGCUGUAGCAAAUGCUAGUGGACCUACUUUGUGGAGUUCAGGUGACGCAGUACCACAGGAAACCGGAUGGGCUACUUUUUCAGAUUUUUCCUCUCAGUUAAGUUCAAAGGAUCCUUUAAGAAGCAGCUCUCCAAUUGCAAUGGAAACCAGUUUGGACCCAGUGGAUGGCCCACACAGUUGUGUAACAACAAGUCAUGAAGAUUUUGUUACAAACUCACAGCUUACCUGCAAGGAACAGAAAGCAGAGUCAGCCACAUUAAAUUUAGAACCCAACUUGUCUGAUGGUGAGGAUGAAGAGGUGGCGACAGACCAAGUAACAGAGACAGUCACAAAUGGUUCCAUGAAGGAAACAGUAAGCCUUACUGUAGAUGCCAAAACUGAAACUGCUGUAUUUAAAAGAGUGUUGAAAUCCUAUCGUGAGGACAUAAAGUUGUCUACCUCUGAAGAUGUUUCUUCAAAAUAUAUGUCUCAAGAUAAUUUGGAACCUCUGAAAGUGACUUCAACAUCACAGUCUAAUGAUUAUCGAAUUGAUGGCUUGAGGCACUCUGAAGAGAAUACAAAAUCUCGAGUAAAAGAAACCAUGAAUGGUCCCAUCGACAAUGUAGCAUCAAUGGAAGAAGUCAAGACGGCUCAACAUGUCUUGUCACCUGAAGCUUCAAUUAAUGGACCUGCAUGAAUAAUUCUGCCUGCUGUUGUCUACUCCAGUCUGAGCAGCUACUAUCCAGGGGUAUCAGUGGGGUUCACUGGAGGCACUGGGCUUAGGCCUAUUAAAGCCAGUCACUGCUGCACUAAAUUUACAUGGGAUCAGGACCAGCAAUAUUCUUAUGAGAUUUUUUUUUUUUAAAGAUGGAUGUGCAAAGAAGAGUUUGAAUGAAAUGUGUAAAUGAGGGUAUUACAUGUUGGCAGAUACAAAGAACUCUUGUGUGCAUUUGUAUAAAAUACAUGUUCUUUUAAAUGGGUUAAUCAGUCCAUUAAAUAUCUUGCCACUCACGUGAUAAUUAGUAUUGUUGCCAUAGUAAAUGGUUAUAAAAGUAGAAUAUUUUAUAAAAAUGUGUAUACUUAAACCUAACGUAUAUAAUUGCAGUAUACCAAUUGGAACACAUAGUGUGACCAAAGUGUUUAGAAAUUUUCAUACUUUUUUUCAUCUUGUAUAAGAUUUUAACUUUCAGUGUUUCUUCCAAGUGGGCAGUGUAAAUUGUAGAGGUGAAAUGCAAAUGUAAAAGUGUUAUUUUGAACGAGUUGCCUAUAUUAAACCAAUUGCUAGAGGAAAUUCUAAUUCCAAAUGUUCAAGGGUGGCUCUUUCCUUCAGAUUUUAUUUGUAAGCAGUUCUUGAAAUCUAGAAGAUGAGUAUUGGAAAUUCUUUAAUUCAGAACUUAAACAUAUUUGCUACUGAAGAUGAGUUGAUCAUUUGGUAUGUCACUAAAUAGCCAUAAAUAUGAUCAUCCUUCUGCGUUUUAUAUUUUCAGAACAACAAAUUAUUCAAAUCAAAGAUGAAAGAUACUGAUGAUUAGCUUUGAAUUGCAUGUGGCUAUUGUGUAGUUCUCUAAACUAAAGAUCUGCAUCAAUUUUACUGUUUUAUAAAAAUUCUAUUGAACCACUUACCAAUUUGUUUUUAAGUUCCCUUUAUUUUAGUUGCCAGGUCAAUAGAACUUGAUCAGGGUGAACUGAUACCUGAGCACUUAAUAUGAUAUUAGUAGGCUAGAAAAUUCUGUUAAAAUAAACUUUUAAGGAGUGAAGAGCCCUAUUUGAGGAAAGUAUGACAUAAUUUCUACUUUUAAAUUCAGGGAAUUAAAGUGUUAAUGGCAUAUUGACCCUCUUCAUGGGACUUUACUGGACUGUUUAUCGAGGUGAGAGCUAGCACUCGGUUCUGCUAAGGCAAUUUUUAAAAUGUCAUUUGACAAAGUGCCUAUGGUACAGGUUUAAGGCUGAAAAGAGAUGAUGAUAAUGCAUGAUAAAUUUGUGGAAGAAUACUUUCACAUUAGAAAAUAGUGUCUGUUCCAGGAAAGUAGAAUGAGAUGUGCACUCACCUAUUAGUGUGGCCUGUUCUUUGCAGCAUCUACAGUAACGAUAUUGUUGGAUCCUUCAAGCACCUUAAUACAUUCAAAGUCAAUGAAAUAUUUUAUAUCAACUUCAUCACUGUUUUUAAAAAUUAAUAACAGCUUGGGUUUAGAGUUCUAGAAAUAAAUAUUGAAAAAAUAAUCAAACCAAGCAAUGCAAUUUUCUGUGAUCUUCCAAACUGCUUUGGGGUGGUAAAAUCCAAAUUCAGUUGUUAAUGCUUGAUUCACCACGUAAACCUCUAAAAUAUUUGAUCACAGAUACUUGAAGAUUGGGAUGCUCAAGCAUCCCUUGCAGUGUAGCAAUUACUUAAAACUGUGGUAGGAAUAUAGUGUACAUUUUUUUAAGUAACAGAUGAGGAGGAGAUGGAAUAUUUCCAAAACAAAAUGGUGGGAGUAACAAUGUUGUAUAGCUGUGGCUGCCAAAUUGGGGAUAAAAGUCUAUUCCAUCUUGACAAUCUUUUAUUUGCAAGGUUUAUGUGUUUGGUUGCAUGAGAAAAUGGCAACAAACUUUUUUAGUAUAUCGCUAGGAUGGACAUAAACCACUGACACAAGUACAAAAUGUAAAAAAAUAUUGGCUUUUUACUGUCAAAUUAUUCUGGUUGUAUAAUACGUUUCAUUUGUCCAAUUUCAGAUGUGCAUCCAAUAUACAAUGUAAAUAUACCUUGUUAAAAUUAAUGCCUUUAGUUAAAGUUUGCAAUAAACUGAAUUGCUUAAGUUGUAUGAAAGUGUAUUGUUUAAUUUUUGUGAACGUGGUGAUUCCAUUUUUAGUUUAGUGUUCCAUGAUGGCAAUUAUUGCAAAAUGCUCAAUUCUCAGAUGUAUGAAAACCAACUUACUCGUAACUGGCGUGUCAGCACUAUGCUUUAAAUUUAUUCACAAGAAUAGAGGCACUCUU